AUGUCUUUUUCUGGCGAGGAAAAGAAGAUCGUGCUGUACCACUACUCCGCUUCGCCGUACGCGAGGCGGAUUGUGUGGUACCUUGCGCUCAGGGGCAUCCCAUACGUCCAAUGCAUGCAACCCCCCGUCCUCCCCCGGCCGGAUGUCGAGAAGCUCGGCAUCGUUCACCGUCGGAUCCCGAUCCUCGCCAUCGGCCGCGACAUCUACUACGACACCCGCCUCAUGCUCCGCAAGCUCGAGCAGCUCUACCCCUCGCGCCCGCGCCUAGGCGCCGCCGUCCCGGAGGAGGUCGCCGUUGAGCGCCUCCUCGAGGCUCUCGUGAUCGACGGCGGCGUCUUCUCCAACGCCGUCAACGUGCUCCCCACGGACCUGCCGUUUCUUCGGGACCCCAAGAGCAACUUUUUAAAGGACCGCGCGGAAUACCUCGGCCGCAAGCACUCGGCGGAAACCAUCCAGCGCGCGCGGCCGACGGCCGUCAACGAGAUCCGCCGCACGAUGGAGCUGCUCGAGACGACGCUGCUCGCCGACGGGCGGGACUGGGUCCUCAGGACGGACGGGCCCGGGCUGGCGGACAUCGAGGCCGUGUGGCUGCCGCACUGGCUCACGCGCAUCCCCGGCGCGCUUCCCCAGGAGCAGAUAUCAGCGGAGCGGUUCCCCAAGGUGUUUGCGUGGAUCGGGCGCUUCCAGAAGGCCGUGUCGGCGGCGACGAAGGCGGCGCCAGAGGUUGCGACGGUGUCCGGGGACGAGGCCGCUGGCAUCGUCGUCUCGUCGCCGUACAACGAGGCCGCGGGCUGUGUCGAUGCGGCGGACGCGCUCGUGGCCGCCGAGGGACUCGCGGCGGGCGACGACGUCAUCCUCUGGCCCGCCGACACGGGCGCCUCGCACAAGGACACCGGGAAGCUGGUCAGCCUCGACAAGGACGAGGUAGUGAUCGAGGUCCAGGGGCCUAAGGGGCCGGCGAGGGUGCACGCGCCGCGACAUGGCUUCAGGGUGGAGAAGCUGGACAGGUUCAAGGAACGCAGAGCCUCCGCCAAGCUGUGA